GUGUCCGUCAUAGGCGGACUUUCGUUAAGAGAGUUGACGUUACACAUGCUACGUGGAAAUCGUCGUUUCGCGGACAAGUCAGAAGAAUGGAACUGUUCCGUACUGACACACAUUUUAUUUUCGUGAAAGAGAGGUACAGCCUUUGGUGUGACAAAUACACGGGAGAAUUUUCUGCCAAAUCGGACUGGGAAUGGGCUUCACCAAAAGAUUUAGAAUGCCUUGGAAUAUUUUAUGGAAUAGUUGGAAAAAUAGAACAGCCCAAUGUGUUAGAACCCCGUUUGAUGUUGAUCAAAGAGAUUUCACCAGCUGGGGAACUUUAUGGAGGUCAUAUUAUUUACAAGAUCAAAUCUAUUGCAUUUUUGCACUUUGGCACAGAAAACAAUGAUAUUGGACUUCUGCCAUGCAAGAAGCAUCAAAACUUGCCAAAGAAAAAAAGUCAAACCAGUUUAUUCGAUGUGCCACAAAAAGCAGCUUUUGCCAAAACAUGGGGAACCAUUAAAAGCGCUACAAAUACCAUAAAAAAUACUACCCAACAAGCAGCUGCUCUUGCAACAUCUCAGGUCAAAUCUACAGUAUCCAAACGAAGCAUUGUUAAAGACAAAGAGAGAUUUGAGAAAAGAAUUCUGGAAGAAUUAAACAAAAUUUUCAGUGAAACAGACUCCUUUUAUUUCUGUCAAACUGGUGACAUUACUAAUAGUUUACAAAGGCUUUGUAAUAUAGAAGCACAGCAAAAUGAGGAAGAGCAAAAUAAACCCCUUUGGCAAAGGGUAGAUGAUAGAUUUUUUUGGAACAAACACAUGCUACAGGAUAUAAUGAAUUUGAAAACAGAUAAAGCAAAUUGUUGGAUAUUGCCAGUGAUUCAAGGAUAUGUGCAAAUAGAAAAGUGCAAAGUAGAAGUGGGAUUUGAUGACCAGCCUCAACACGAAACCUUUAAUUUAGCGAUUAUAUCGCGAAGAAGUAGGUUUCGCGCAGGAACACGGUAUAAGCGACGCGGCGUGGACGACGAGGGAAAGUGCGCGAACUAUGUAGAAACGGAACAACUUGUUUGGUACCAUGAUCAUCAGGUGUCUUUUGUACAAGUCCGAGGUAGUGUACCUGUCUAUUGGUCUCAACCUGGAUACAAAUACAAGCCUCCGCCGCACAUCGACAAAGGCGAAGCAGAAACGCAAGUUGCAUUCGAGAAACACUUCACCGAAGAGCUCGGGUUAUACGGACCAAUUUGUAUCGUUAAUCUCGUGGAACAAACCGGCAAGGAGAAAAUUAUUUGGGAAGCUUACAGUAAUCACGUGCUUAAUUACAAUAAUCGAAAUAUAACUUACACGACCUUUGAUUUCCAUGAAUAUUGUCGAGGAAUGCAUUUUGAAAAUGUGUCUAUCCUGGUCAAUGCAUUAGUUCCGUUACUGACAGACAUGGGGUACUGUUGGCGUGAUAAGCAAGGCACAAUUUGCAUGCAAACGGGCGUGUUUCGGGUGAAUUGCAUAGAUUGUUUAGAUAGAACGAAUGUGGUGCAAACCGCUCUGGGUAAAGCUGUCAUGGAAAUGCAGUUUUCAAAGCUAGGACUAAUACCGCCGGAUGGAACGCUACCGACGAAUAUCAGGCAAACGUUUCAGUUGCUUUGGGCCAAUAACGGCGACAUUAUCAGUAAACAAUAUGCCGGCACAAACGCUCUGAAGGGAGAUUACACAAGAACGGGUGAAAGAAAAUUUACUGGGUUAAUGAAAGAUGGCAUGAAUUCUGCAAACAGAUAUUAUUUAAAUCGCUUCAAGGAUGUCUAUAGGCAGGCUACGAUUGAUAUGAUGUUAGGAAACUCGGUGAACGAGGAAGUAUUUCAAGAGCGUACCGAGGAAGAAGACAAUGCUGCAACGGCAAUUCACGUGAAACUGUUGAUAGAAGAUUGCAAGAAGCUACUUAUACCUGACCCGGAAGCUAUUCUAGGCAGUUGGGGCCUGAUAGAUGCCGAUCCUGUUACCGGAGACCCGUCGGAAACAGAAAUGGACACUAUUCUAAUAUUAACGCGCGACAGUUACUAUGUAGCCGAUUACGAUGACCAGAUCGAUAAAGUAACAAACUACCAAAGAGUACCGCUCGACGAUAUUAUAUUGAUCGAAUUCGGUCAGCCCGAGAGUUCAGUUUCUCUCUUUAAAAAUAAGCAAUUUCAUUGCAUUAGAAUAAAUUACAAAGUGGCCCAGGAGUACGGCUACUUCCACGUGUUUCGCAGUACAAAUUUACGUUUUUUUAAUAACAUGGCGGUUGUUAUAAAAACCGAAGAAGAAAGUAUAGAGUCUUUAAGAGCAGUGUGCGAGGCUAUUUCCAUAGCAAUGGAAAUAUCAGGUCUACCAAAGAUUCCUAUAGCGAUGAAUGUAACAUUAGAUAGACGAAAGAGUAAGUUGGUUAAUGUUAAAGGAUCCACAGGACUGUUAGACAUCUCGUCCCUUCCGGAAUUAACCAGAAACGUCUCCGAGACACAGUUACUAGCCCUUAAAAGUGCAGGAACGAAAGCUUUAAAUAACAUGUCCGAGCAAUUCAGUAAAUUGAACAAAUUAAGUCAUAGCUUCAGUGCAAGGAAACCAAUCGACAUAGCGAAAAGUAUAGGCAGAAAGUCUGAGGCAACACCGAAGCCUACUUUUACCGUUGGAGGCAGAGACAUUUUAGGCAAUGUGCAAGGAAAACAUCAUAGCGGUAGCAACAGCAGCAGCGACGACGAGAAUAUAGUAGAAGGUCCGUCUGUUCCUUUAGGAAAACCGGAUAAUUUCAGUCACGAUAAAAAUUUAAUGGAAGCGUACACUCCAUCCAUUGGUAUCAUAAUGGGCGUAAAAAAUCCCGAUGUGAUGGAAAACGAUGAUAACAAUGAAACGAAAAUAUUAUCAAUACGACCCAACAAUCUACCUGAUCAGAAUUUGAACGCGGAGAGUCUGAUUGUUCCAGAGACUGGAUCUGGAACAAGCACUUUAAGUGCUUCUCCUCAAAGGACCACGGCCACAACGCCAGAAAUAACGAUACAAAGCGCGACUGAGGCUUUGAUGGAGGACAAGGAGAGGAUGGUACCACCAUCAACGUUGAAUCUCACAAAGAAUAUUAGUCAUUCGACAGGAGAGGUUGACAGCAAAUUAAUACUCAGCAAUAUGAAUGCCAAUAAUUUGCAAACGGAAAAUAGAUUGCAAGAGAAGAAGAGAUCAACGUCCGAACAGGAUCUAACUUUGAACAUUACAUCCUCUCAAAGCGAAUCUGCCUUGAAGUCAAUAAAAACUAACAUAACGAAUGUCGCCAGCCCGGUGGCAUCUACCGCCAAAGAUAUCCUGUCGCCUUUCUCGAAAUUCGCUAAGGGUGUUCAAACGUUAGGGGCGAAUUUAGAUCCCAGAAAGUUGAAAACGGCACAGGCAGGAUUACAUAGAAACCUUUCGGACCAUCACGUGGAACAACGUCAGAAGCUGCAAGAGAGAUGGGGUUCUUGUCAAUCGAAACUGAUCGCUUUGUAAGUUUGUUGAAGAUAUUAUAGCUAAAAUCUGAAUGUCUAGCAACGUUUAUUGUAAUUCACGAAUUAGGGAAACACAAUAAUAGACUAAUAAUUGGCAAAUUGUCUCGCACUAAUAUAGACGUGAAACAUACUUCUGCAUAGGAAUUGAUAAAUGUACUUCUCGUUGCCACAGAUAUUUCCUAGAUAUAGCAUUGUAAAAGAAUCGUAUUAAGUUGUACAUCUCAGUGCACAUAAUACAAUUGAUUAUUUUGGAUUACUGCCAUCUUGCCGAAAAGUUGCGCAAACAAAGUCUCUAACCAAUAAGAUAUAUUUCCUAUACUUUCACAUAAAAAUUACCUUCUCAAAGUACAAUGUGGUCAAUAUUUAAACUACAAGUCACAGUUGGUGCGUUUGCUUACAAAUUUUCUAUUAUUCUACAUUGAUGAGAGCGGUGUACUCUCACUCCUACACGAAACGACUAUCUAUUCGCAAAAUGCUUUUGGCAUGUUUAUACAAAAUUUUUGUCACGAUAGCGUUUGUAUCGAUUUUAUGAAACGAAACCUAGCAUUGCAUUUGAAUGUUAGAAAUUGUGAAUUUACUAAAGCAACGUGCUUAUACAAUGAAAUUUAAUCCCAAGCGUUCUCUAAAGCUCCACGUUUUUGCUGCAUAAUUAAAUUUUCUUGAUACUUGAAACAUUAUUUACUAUACAAGAUGUGUGUCCCAUUUUCUGUAAGCUCGUCGAUACAAACGUGCGCGUAACAUUUCCGAGUUCGUAUACGUCAGAGAAUUGAAAAUUUAUUUAUGCAGCAAGUUCAUCAAAGAAGCUUUGUAGUCAAUUAUGUAAAUACAAAAAGUUAUUUAAGUGUAGUCUAGUAAAUAACGUAAUAUUGCUGAUUAAAACGAAAGUAUAGUGGCAAGAUGGGAUGUGCAAGGUAAACAAUCACUCUGGAAAUCUGUACAAUGUGAAAAUUAGGGAUGAUAAUUGUACUGAAGUAAAUCUAGAUACCGGAGAGCAAAGAACUAGUAAUGAAAAAUUUAGAACUACUACUUAACAGAAACCAGAAACAAGUUUGUGACUUAUUUUGGAUAUACAAGGAAAGAAAAGCUUUGUUACUGAUAUAUAUAUUGUUUUCGGCAUAAAAUUUCAAUCGAAACGCGUUGAUGUUUCAAAAAAUCAGAGAAGAAUCAUAGUAUUCAUACAUUUGCAUAGUUACAGUAUUAUGUACAAUAUACUUAAACAAUUAUAGUAAAAAUUUGCAUACAUAAUGUGUAUUUAGAUCAUGAAGAAGUAUUCAUUGUUAUUUAAUACACUAUUUAUAACACUGUAGAGCAAAUAAUUAUGAGUUCUAACUUUAGGGAGACAACAUCUUGUAUGUAAAUAUUUUAUUUUAAUCACGAUAUUCUGUGAACAUUUGAUAGUUGCACUAACGUAUGGUAGAAGUAUUACAAGUAAGAGUUUUUCUAGUGAAUGUUUUUUCCAAUUGCAAAUAAUAGUCUGUGAUAUAAUCUAGCAGAACGAGCACAGCCUAAAAUGACAAAAAAAAAAUGAGAAUAAAAAGGUGUGUCGAUUCUGUAGGUCAUUUAGGAAUGCUUUAAAACGAAAACACGAAACGCAGGACAGUUUUCAAGCAACUCAUUUUGUUUAGCUGAAUUCAUUACCCAGAUUUUAUGGUCGUUUAUUCAUUCCACAUAGAACAGCUUAUUUUUAAAGUAAUUUUAUCUUGUAUACCUUGUGAAAUAUUUAUUUAUUGAUGCAGUAUUAUAAGUCAUCGAAGAAAAUGGAAUCUAUAUUUUUUGUUCCUUUUUUCGUAUCAAGGCAAUAUAUAUAUAUAUAUAUAUGGUCCAAUUAAAGUUGAGCAUUCAAUAUAUUAUAACUGAUAUUAUGUGUAUUUUUACAAUAGACAAUUACAAACAAUCCUGACAAACAACGCACGAAAAUGUUCAUAGCCUGUAGAGGCUUUAACUUGUCUUAUAUAUUAGCAGUUACAUUUUCGAAAAAAAUAUAUAUAUAUAAAUAUGUACAU